GUUUAGAGUAAGAACUGCCUUCAAGACAAAACUCGGGGCAUUCACCCAAUUGUAUAAUCAUGUGACUUUCGCGUAAACAGGAAGCAGCUGAUUUUUUUUACUGAACUCUGCUCUGUAAUGUGUAAAGCUGUGUCCUCUAAGACAAAAAUAACUCGUUCUCUGAAGCUAUCUGGACACCAGUAACUGCUCAGCCCUUUCGGAGAGAAGUGCUGCAGAAACAGACCGAAGUCAUCUGACCCACAUCUCAGAGAAAUCCUCACCACCGUGUCUCCUCAAGGGGAUGUCAAGCUCAGCGAUGAAGAAAAAGGUGUUGCUGAUGGGGAAGAGUGGGUCUGGAAAGACCAGCAUGAGAUCAAUCAUCUUUGCUAACUACAUAGCUCGGGACACACGUCGCCUCGGAGCUACAAGUAAGACCAAACAGAACCUUUUUAAAAGUAAUUCAUUUUUAAAAGAUGUUUUUGCAAAUUGCAAUUUAAAAAAAAAUCUACAUUUUCUGUUAACUCUAGUUGAUGUGGAGCACUCUCAUGUUCGGUUUCUGGGUAAUCUGGUUCUAAACCUGUGGGACUGCGGAGGACAAGACACAUUCAUGGAGAAUUAUUUCACGAGCCAGAGGGAUAACAUUUUCAGAAAUGUCGAGGUCCUUAUUUAUGUGUUUGACGUCGAGAGCCGUGAGCUCGAGAAAGACAUGCACUACUACCAGUCAUGUCUGGAGGCCAUUCUGCAGAACUCCCCAGAUGCCAAAGUGUUCUGUCUCGUGCACAAAAUGGACCUGGUUCAGGAAGACCAGAGAGAUUUGAUCUUUAAGGAGCGUGAAGAAGAUCUGAAGAGGCUGUCUAGACCUUUGGCUUGCACAUGUUUCAGGACAUCAAUCUGGGACGAAACCUUGUACAAGGCCUGGUCCAGCAUAGUUUAUCAGCUCAUCCCAAACGUCCAGCAGCUAGAGACAAACCUGAGAAAUUUUGCACAGAUCAUAGAAGCAGAUGAAGUUCUUCUGUUUGAGAGAGCCACCUUCCUGGUGAUCUCCCAUUAUCAGUGCAAAGAGCAGCGUGACGCUCACAGGUUUGAGAAGAUCAGUAACAUUAUCAAACAGUUCAAGCUCAGUUGUAGUAAACUUGCAGCUUCUUUCCAAAGCAUGGAAGUUAGAAACUCCAACUUUGCGGCCUUUAUUGACGUCUUCACCUCCAACACUUACGUCAUGGUGAUCAUGUCGGACCCCUCUAUUCCAUCUGCGGCCACUCUCAUCAAUAUCCGUAACGCGAGGAAACACUUUGAGAAGCUGGAGCGUGUGGACGGACCCAAGCACAGCCUGCACAUGCGAAUGCGUUAGCCCAAACUUAUGUUCCAGAGGGAUACUCUCAGCCAAUCAAUGCACAGAGCGCAGAUAGCAUGCUGCAGCCUCGAAGCUCUGAUAGAUAUAAACAGCCCUGCGUCAUUUCUGCUCUGUCUUUACAUUCAAUCAACAGUCCUUCUGGGAAAAUCUUAAUUUUUUUGGUCUAAUUUCUACAGGGAUCAGAAGUAUCUUGAACAGUGAUACAUUCUGAUGGAAUAUUUAUGUUUAGUUGACACAUUAAGCAGUUAAAAUAUGUUCACCAUGAAGGCUGCCUUUCUUUUCACAAUGUGUUGUAUCCAUUGGAUUUAUAGGGCAGUGUAUCCCAGUGGCACUGUUAGAUUUUCAACUGUGGUUUUUAAGCUGUCACAAACAAUAUAGUUAUAUUUAGAAACCUA